AAUAAUUAUCCCAUACAUAACCCCUUUCCGCCAAUCCCACCGCAGUUUCCUUUUGUUUGCUUCAUGCUUGGACAGAACUAAGCGUGCUGCUGACAAAGACCCAACAAUGGUUCGAUUGCGCGAGAUUCCUCGCACUGCGGCCUUCGCAUGGUCGCCCGGCUCAGCACCGCCAUUGCUCGCUACCGGAACCCGCGCCGGUGCCGUCGACGACGACUUUUCCAACGAUACUAACCUCGAGCUAUGGGAUUUGCAAUUAGAUCAGGUUGAUGCUGAUGAGCUGUCGCCCGUAGGCAGCAUCUCUACCGACUCGAGGUUCUACGACAUUGCAUGGAGCCAACCUACCGCCGAUCGCUCUCGUGGUAUCAUUGCUGGCGCCCUCGAAAAUGGAUCUCUCGACCUCUGGGAUGCCGAGAAGCUCCGUUCUAGCCCUUCCGACUCGUUCAUGUCUAGGACCACGAAGCACUCUGGAGCCAUCAAGACUGUUCAGUUCAACCACUCGAAGCACGAUCUACUCGCGACUGCCGGUGCUAAGGGUGAGCUUUUCAUCUACGAUUUGAACAACAUCGCAAACCCCUUCAGAUUGGGUGGAGGUGCCGCAAGAGCAGACGAUUUUGAGUGUCUGGACUGGAACAAGGGCUCGAAAGUCCCUCAUAUUCUGGCUACCGGUUCAAGCGGCGGCUUCGUCACUAUCUGGGAUGUUAGACAAAAGAAGGAAAACCUUACACUCAACAACUACGGUCGCAAGCCAGUCAGCGCUGUUGCAUGGGACCCCGACGUUGCGACCAAGCUCAUGACAGCAAUUCCCAACGAUCAGGAUCCUCUGAUUCUCAUGUGGGAUUUGCGCAACUCUAGCGCGCCCGAGCGUGUUCUCCGCGGCCACGAGCUCGGUGUUCUUUCUCUGUCUUGGUGUCUGCAAGACUCGAGCCUGCUGCUUUCUUGCGGCAAGGACAACCGCACUGUUGCAUGGAACCCUCACACCGGUGAGUCAUACGGUGACUUCCCUGUAGUCACCAACUGGACCUUCCAGACCCGUUGGAACCCUCACAACCCCGGUCUGCUCGCCACUGCCUCCUUCGAUGGCAAGAUUACCGUCCAGACCAUUCAGAACACAAACUCCAAGGACGACGAGAAGAAGACUGCUCAGCAAGCGCUGGAAGGAGAGGAUUUCUUCAACCAGGUUCAGACACAACCUCAGCAUGUUUCAUUCUCCCUGCCCAAGGCUCCCAAGUGGAUGGAGCGUCCCGCUGGUGUAUCUUUCGGUUUUGGAGGAAAGCUUGUCAGACUUGCUACCGACUCCGCGUCGAGAAAGUCAACUGUCAGCAUUGAAACCUUCGCCGUUGACUCUGCAGUCACCGAAGCCUCUCAAAAGUUCGAAGAAUCCUUGAAGGGAGGUGAUCUGGCCAGCAUCUGCGAAUCCAAAAUUUCCGCAGCGACCGACGAGGAAGAGAAGGCUGACUGGCAGGUCAUCGAGACGUUGAAUGCUGGAAGGUCGAGAAAGAAGCUUAGAGAAUAUCUGGGCUUUACCGAUGAGGCCGAGGUUAGCCAGAAGACGGCUGACCUUAACAUCAACGGCGAUGUUGAGAAGCCCAAGGAAGAGGACGACAGCAACUUCUUCGGCAGCGAAACCGCUGAUGGAGAAGAUGGCGAUAACUUCCUGGCCGACCUUGCAGCGACCAAGGGUGCCAAGACCAACCAGCCUUUCCACAUCUUCAGUGGUGAAGAGACAGAUGCAGACAAGAACAUCACCCGUGCUCUCAUGCUCGGUAACUUCGAGUCUGCUCUUGAUGUCUGUUUGAAGGACGGCCGCAUGUCCGAUGCUUUCAUGAUUGCUAUUUGUGGCGGCCAGAAGUGCAUGGAUAAGGUGCAAACAGCUUACUUGAAGCAAAAGGCCAAGGGACCUAAUUACCUACGCCUUCUGGCCUCGAUUGUUGGCAAGAACUUGUGGGACGUCGUCCACAAUGCUGAUCUGUCCAACUGGAAGGAGGUCAUGGCGACCUUGUGCACCUUUGCCGACGAGACUGAGUUCUCCGACUUAUGCGAGGCCCUGGGUGACCGCCUUGAGGAGUCUCUCGCAGAUGCUACCGACAAGGGCUCCCUGAGAAGAGAUGCAUCAUUCUGUUUCCUUGCUGGAUCUAAGCUCGAGAAGGUCGUUACAAUUUGGGCCCAGGAGCUGCAAGAGAAGGAGAGCGCCGGCUUGGAAGCCGCUGACGGCGAGACUAGCUUCUCUGUCCACGCCAGAUCUUUGCAAGACUUUAUCGAGAAGGUCACUGUCUUCCGCCAGGUUGUCAGCUUCCAGGAUUCUGACAAGCAGGCAACCGAGAACUGGAAACUUGCUCCUCUUUAUUCCAAGUACACCGAGUAUGCCGAUAUCUUGGCCAGUCAUGGCCAACUGCAAGUUGCUGAGAAGUAUCUCGACCUGCUACCUUCCAAGUUCCCUGCAGCAGAGGUUGCUCAGCAAAGAGUCAAGCUUGCCAACAGAAGCAAGCCCGUGGCUCCUCAAGUCCAAAGACAGCCAGCGGCUGCAACGCGUGUUUCCGCCCCCAUGGCGCCUUACUCUGCUGCUCCCACCCCUGCACCCAUGGCUGCUGCAAACGCUUACGCUCCCAGCGGUGGCAUCAUGUCGACGCCUGCACCUGCUGGUAUUCCAAACGCUUACGCUCCUCCUGGCGCUGUCCAGCCUGCUGCUGCAUCAAACCCAUAUGCACCUCCUACGCAAGCGUACGCCCCCAUGGGAUACCAACCCCAGCAGAAUUCUGCGUACGGUCAACCAGGACCUUAUGGCGCGUCUGCUGCUCCCAUGGCGCCUCCUCGCGGUGUGACUCCUAGCGCUCUCCCCCCACCCCCAAAGAAGGGUGAGACACAACAAUGGAAUGACCUUCCUGAAGGCUUCACUAAGCCGGUCCAACCUGCAAGAAGGAACACACCUGGAUUGGCCGCCGUGUCUUCUCCCUUCCCCAACGCUCCUAGUGUCAUGUCUCCCCCGCCGCCAGGUAGCGCAUACGGCCAACAGCCUGCUCCUGCCGCCUUGCCUCCACCACCUAAGGCUGGACAGAUGCCUUCUCGGGUGAUGUCUCCCCUCUCAGGGCCUCCCCAGAUUCAGCGACCUAUGUCGGCUGCAUCAAAUGCAUACAUGCCGCAGCCCUCUGCACAGCAGUCGCCUGCUUCGACAUUGCCCCCGCCGCCACAAGCACCUCCCCUCGGCCGUGGCCCGUCUCCAUACAACCCUCCUCCUACCACGACCGCAUCUGGCCCACCUUCCAAUCGUUACGCACCGGCGCCCGGAUCUCAACCUACACCCGCCGUCGGUGGCCUCCCCCCACCACGUAACGUUGCUCCUCCGCCCAACCCAUACGGCUCUGCAGCUCCUUCACCUUACGCGCCGGCAGCUUCGGCAUAUGCACCGAGGGCACCAGCAGCGCCCUACGCACAAGCACCCGCGCCGUCGCAGCCCCCCACACCUCAGGCUAUUCCACCACCGCCACAAGGACCACCUCGUGGACCCCCGCAGGGCCCACCUAGAGCUGCACCUCCACCUCAAGCCACACCUGCUCAGGCCACCCCUCCCCCAUCAGCCGCCCCUCAACAGAUGCCUUCGCGACCCAGCACUGCGCAAUCUCAGAGAUCCGCCCCUGCAGCCGCCAAGUAUCCCCCUGGCGACCGCACCCACAUUCCCAGCAACGCAAUGCCUGUCUAUGAAAUCUUGUCCUCAGACAUGGCACGCGUGAAAUCCCGCGCACCUGCAUCGUUUGCUGCUCAAGUCAACGACACAGAAAAGCGCCUCAACAUUCUUUUCGACCACCUCAACAACGAGACUUUGAUCAAGCCUGAUACCAUUGCACAAUUGGCCGACAUUGCCCAAGCACUACAAGCCAGAGACUUUGAUCGCGCCGGAUCUAUCUUGACAGAGGUUAUGAAAAUCAAGCUUGAGUCUGAAGGUGCUCAUUGGAUGGUCGGCGUCAAGAGAUUGGUUGCCAUGAGUAAAGCUACUCCCGCUUAAAAACAUUGAGCGUUAAGAAUAGGAUUAGUAGAGUUGGAAGGGAGGAAGAGGUGGAAGAGGUAGAGGUGUUGUCAUCAUCAUCAUCAGUCUUUUAGUAUCUUUUUGCCAUGAACA